GCCUGCUGAGGCAGCGGCGGCGGGACCGGCGGCACCGGGAGCCGGAGCGAUGUUCGUGCAGGAGGAGAAGAUCUUUGCGGGGAAGGUGCUGAGGCUCCAUGUGUGCACCAUGGAGGGCGCCGAGUGGCUGGAGGAGGUGCCCGAGGACACCACGGUGGAGAAGCUCAAGGAGCGGUGCCUGAAGCACUGCCUUCCUGGGAGCCUGGAGGAUCCCAAAACUGUGACACAUCACAAGCUGAUCCAUGCUACUUCUGAGAAGGUGCUGACAGACACAAAAACAGUGUUGGAGGAGAACAUUCAGGACAGAGAUGUUUUGCUGCUGGUCAAGAAGCGCGCGCCAACGCUGCUCCCCAAGAUGUCAGAUGUGGUUGCAGAGGAGAAAAGGAAGCAGGAGCAGAAGGCUCCUGACAAGGAUGCCAUCCUCAAAGCCACUGCCAACCUGCCCGCCCGCAGCGCGGACCGCAGCGUGACCCACCACAACAUGAGGGAUUUCCAGACAGAACUCCGGAAGAUUUUAGUGUCUCUCAUAGAAGUUGCACAGAAACUGCUAGCACUGAACCCAGAUGCAGUUGAACUAUUUAAGAAGGCAAAUGCCAUGCUGGAUGAGGAUGAGGAGGACAGGGUGGACGAGAUCGCGCUGCGCCAGCUCACCGAGAUGGGAUUCCCAGAGAGCAGAGCUGUCAAAGCCCUCAGGCUGAACCACAUGUCUGUGACCCAGGCCAUGGAGUGGUUGAUAGAACACGCUGAUGACCCUUCUGUGGAUGCUCCUCUGCCAGGUGCUGCUCCUGCAGAAGCCCCUGCAGAAGCCCCAGCUGAAGGUGCUGCCUCCUCUGCUGAGGCAGCUGCAGGGCCCAGCUCUGAGGAGGGCGGGGAGGAGGCCAAGGAUGAGCUGACUGAAAUCUUCAAGAAGAUCCGCAGGAAAAGAGAAUUUCGUCCAGACCCACGGGCUGUCAUUGCCCUGAUGGAGAUGGGAUUUGAUGAAAAGGAAGUGGUGGAUGCACUCAGAGUGAACAACAACCAGCAAAAUGCAGCUUGUGAGUGGCUGCUGGGAGACAGAAAACCUUCUCCAGAGGACUUAGAUAAGGGCAUUGACACCAACAGCCCUCUCUUCCAAGCCAUCUUAGAAAACCCAGUGGUACAAUUAGGGCUCACCAACCCUAAAACUCUACUAGCCUUCGAGGAUAUGCUUGAAAACCCCUUGAACAGCACUCAGUGGAUGAACGAUCCCGAGACGGGGCCGGUGAUGUUACAGAUCUCCCGAAUCUUCCAGACACUGAACCGCACGUAGAGGGAGCUGCCAGUGCACUGUGCCACCUCCCCCUGGCCUCACUCCCCCUCCACCUCCUCAGGAGGCUGCCUGGAUGCUUGGGAAGGGGUGGAGGGAAGGGAGGGAAGGGGGAAAUCCUGGCUGGAGGGGUCUCUCACACAAGAGAGUUCGUAGUUACGGCCAACAGGAGUGAGUUGCCUUGUGGAUUUAGUGUUAGUGGAAGAGGUUUGAGGAUUUGUUCAUGUUUUCAGGUAUUAGGUUUAAAAUAAAGUAUAUAUAUUAAAAAAAAAUAGGAAAAAGGUUUUGUGAAAACAUUUAAGAAUCUGAUUGUUGGAAAGAAAUACUGCUCGUUCAAAAGGCCUGUGACAGUUUUCUGGCCAGUUUUGCUAGGAUCUGGCUGGUGUUUACAAAAGGUCACUGACCACUAGCAUAGGAUAUUAAUCAUCUCCAUACAGUAUUAAUUUAUAGCUCUUAUCAAAUUGCAAAACUGCUUUUUAAAAAAAAAAAAUUGAUUCUUAGGAAAUGUUUUUUAAAAGCCCAAAUCUUGGGAAAGCAAGCACAUUUCUAUCCAAGCUUGUUUAUCUGGCAUUCUAAUUUAAGCAGAAUCAUUCAGAGAUGGAAUUCUAAUAAAUAGCAUUACUUUUUCCUAUUUAUUUGCUGCGUUAGUGUUGUUGCAGUCCCACUGGGGUUGUACUUGCAGGAGGUUCUCUGUCAGGUACCAUGAAGGUGCAGGAUCUUUUUCACCACAGAAUUCACCACAUCAAGACUUGGAUUCCCAAGUGGCUGCAACUCCUAAGCUCACACUCUGCCAUAUCCCAUUGCAAGGUGGGAUAUGUUCACACAGUGGUUUUUUUUCCUAUUUUUAUGUGCACAGUUUUGGCAAGGGGCUUGUGGGGGUUUUAUUCUGUUUACAAAAAAAAGCAGCUGAAUUGCAUGGGGGGUUUGCUGGGGUUCUGUAAAGCAGCAGAACUACACAGGUUUUUAUCUUGUUUAAGCUGUUUAAAGCACGCUUGCAAUUGCUAUCUUUGAGUUAGAAGUGGGGUUUUCUUUAUCCUUUUUUUUUACCAUGGUCAUACCAAGAAUGUCAGGCUGGGUCUUUCCUAUUUUGCCAGAAGACUGACUUGAGAUUUCAGAGAGGAAUUCUGAGCUAUUAAGAGCAGAACUCACUGUGAAUAUCCAGCUGAACUCACUGUGAAUAUCCAGCUGGUGUUUAUGAUUGGGCUCUGCAGGUGUUACUUUUUUAGCAGUCUGCUAAAAAAAGGAGUUUAUUUUUCAACUUAGUGCAACAUGAUUGACAUCUGUCAUCAUCCCUGCCAUGCCUUGUGCUUCACAGCCCUGCAGGAAAGGCAGAAGAGGCAAAUCUUGCAGAGAAAGCAGGUGGAGACCCUGUGCUUAAACAGCACAAAGGUGUCCUGUCAGACAGGGAGAUCCUGAGCAAGUCACCUCGGAGCUGUGGGAGGGAUUUAGGUGCAGUUGGGUUUUUUUAAACAAAAAUGCAGCAAGAUGCAACCCGAAACCCUACAACAAGUUUUGGCCUGAACUUGGCAUCUGCUCUGUGCUGUUAUGCAGCUGAGGCACUGAAGUUGCCAAUUUCUCAUAAUUAAUAUGAAGGGUGGGGAAAUCAAAACAGCCUGAGAUUUUAUCUUGUCUUACUAUCCCAGGAUUCUUUUAUUUUUUUUUAAUUUUGUAAUUUCAUAUUAAGCUUUACUGUUGAUGACUGCUGAAAUAUUUACUUCUACAUUUAGAAAUUCCAAGCUUUAUAGAGAUGUUCAUUCUGUUCAAAUUGGACAGUAAAACCAUUUUUGUGGGCUCUUGCUAAGAAUAGACUGACAUGACAUGAAAUUAUAACCUUGUCCUGUAACUGAAGCCAGGAGCCUGAUCCUGCACCCCAGUGAGCUCAGCACAGCUACUCAUGAGUAGCUGUGACUGAAUAUUGUGGUCUUAUAAAAGGUUUUGAUUAUUUAAUCCCUUUUUUUUUUUUUUUUUGCUUACUCCUGAAGCUUUUUACCUGUAAUAAUACCAGAAGACUCUUUUACUUGAAGCUCUUAAUGUUAGAGGGAAAUGUCCUUCUCUACAGUCAGGAUUGUGGUUAAUAUUCCUUUUAAUGAGUGUUUUUAGGAGGCAAAGUUGGGAAAAGCUACCCUGUAGUUUGGUGGGAGGUUUUUUGGCUUCUGAAUGGAUAAGGAGAGGUUCAGAAUGAGCAAACAGAUCCUUUGGGGCAGUUGUGGCCCUUGAAGAAUGUAAAGGCUUGGGAAAUGCUGGGUUUUGUUUCAGGAGGCCAUGGUUGGACUGCAGAGCUCAGAGGGGUGGAAGUGCUCAGAAUGGCAGCACCCCUCAGUGUCACUGAGCUGUUAUAAAGGGUGGGGAAAAGCACCACCAGUAAAACAGAUUAUCCUGAUGUGAUAGGAGGUGAGAAUGCCCAGGUUCAGCAGCAGCAGCUGGGAGACCCUAGAGAUAAAGGAAUUCUGCAUUUUAGGGUGCUGGGAGGCUUGAGAAGAUGUGGUUAUUUCUGGAUUUUGUUACUCCAGAGCUCAGCACUUCCAUAGCUGAGGUGUUGUUUGGGGUGGCUUUAACAGAGCCCUGCUUGGCUUGUGAGAACUGAGGUUUGCAGUGGCCAAAAGCUGAAGGAGACCAGAAUUUGGGAUGUGUGGUGUUUGCAGCAAGGCCCAGGAGUUGAUUUAAACCCAGCAAAAACUGCCCUGGUGAGGUUGAAGGAAUUGGUCCAGAAUCAGUGGUGCUGGGGUGUGAAUUACAGCAGGGGCUGUGUCCCAGCACCCCAGGGCUGGGAUUGCUGUUCAUCCCAGAAAAUGCAGAGGGGAACUGAGGUCCCUGUGCUUGGAAAGGCACAGAUUGGCCCAGGUUUUAGAAAACCUGCAAAAGCUGAGGUGUCAGCACUCUGGAGCUGGAAGGUGCAGCCAUGGCGCCCAGGGAAUGUGUGAGGCUUUGCCUGGUGAGGAGCUGUGCUGUCCCUGGGUGCAGGACUGGGGGAUCUGCUCUGAGGGCAGUGAGAGAUCCCUGAACACACAGGAAAGAUUUUUGUUCAAUAAAACCAGCAGGUUUUGUGAGGAAGAACUGCUCCCAGCAGUGAGGAUUUACAGGCUCAGGUCCUGUGCUUGCACCUCAGGUGUUCAAGUUCCAACUAGCACAGACAUGUCAGAGUUAAUUUUCUCUAAACAUGGUCAAGAGAAAAUUAUUGGAAGCCUGGCAGAUGGAGCAGGAAAGGGAUGGGGUGGUGGGUGACUAAUAGUGUGAUUCUUACAGUUCCUGCUCUUUGCCCCACUGGUAGCCAGACAAUCUUGUACUUUUUGAUGUUGCAGGCCUCUUGCAAGUAGCCAGCUAUUUAUUGAAAUAUAUCUAACUUAUAUUGUGUCACCAAAACACUGAUAUUUUUAAUGGCAAUGUAUUACAUGGAAGUUUGUUCUCAGGGCUUCGUAUUUAUACUCCUUUUUUAGGGGGAUGCAUUUAAAGGGAUGUAUUUGGAAAAUAGGCCAGUGGCUACUUUACAGCUUGGACCUUGAUUGUCCUGACCUGUGAGCCUGAGCUGGUGUAACUCUCCUGCUGAACCUCUGUCCCUGCUCCAGCCCAAAGAAUCUGCUAUUCCUCCUCUCCUGGUGGGCAGGGAUGUGAGUCUUCCCUUGGGAUUGCUGCAUCCCUGCAUGGGAAUGGUCACACAGGAUCACCCUGCUGGGCUUUGCUCCAUCUCAAGGACGUUUGUGCUCUCUGUGCAGCUGCAGAAUGGACUUGCACAGUUCCCAAAGCAGCCAUCAGGGCUCUCCUCCUCUGGGAAGGUGGGAGCUUCUCUCCUGCACGAGUUCCAGGGCCAUUCCUCCUCUGGGAAGGUGGGAGCUUCUCUCCUGCACGAGUUCCAGGGCCAUUCCUCCUCUGGGAAGGUGGGAGCUUCUCUCCUGCACGAGUUCCAGGGCCUCUCCUCCUCUGGGAAGGUGGGAGCUUCUCUCUGCACGAGUUCCAAGCAGCUCGUGGCUGCUUCUUGGCAGCCCCUGUCACAGACCUGACCCAAAGCUUGACACAGCCCUGCCCCUUUCUUUCCUCCUCUCCUGGAACCAAACUUCCAUUUCACAGAUUGAUUCUCAUAUCCAAGUAACUCUUUAGUGGUUCUUGAAAUCCUUUUUAGUUAGGACUGUUACAAUUACCUUUUUUUAGGCGUUCACACCAAAACAAGCAUCGCACCAAACGAAUGUAUAGCGACACUGUCAGCAAACAUUGCCUGGGGAAGGGGCACAGGUUACUGUGAGCUCUGCUCCAGGGGCACAGGUUACUGUGAGCUCUGCUCCAGGGGCAGUUUUCCCAAAGGCUUGUGCACAGGAUAGCCAGUGUUUCAUCCAAAGGAACCAUCCUGGUUUUCUACUUUUAAUAAUAAAUACCAUUUUUAUUAACCAACAGAACAGCUUCCAGCUGGUAUUUCCAUCCAACUGAGAGUCCUGGAGCUUUGGGGCUGGAGAUCCUGCCUGGAUCCCCCUGUCUGAGCCAGCUCACCCUUGGAAGGGUUUGUGCUGGCUGUCCCCUCCUCCCUGCACUGGGUGUUACAUCCAUGUGAAUGUUCUCGUGGUGGUUCUCGCCUCCAUCCCCACAUCCUGUGUAGCAAAAGGGUUUUUUUAAGGACCUCUUGCCCUAGAUUUGAAGAUCUUCAAUGCAGAUCCUGUUUGCAGCAUGUGAACUUCAGUAAAUGUAAAUGCAUUAAAUUCUUACUGAAUUUGAGUAUAGUUUUAUAUCGAGCUCUGGGGAGAGGGAGGAAAUUGGAUCACGUUUUAAACGAAGCCCCACAAACCUCAAUGUCUCUGUUGCAGCAGGUAACAGAGGCCUGUAGAGAUUUUUAAUUUGCAUAUUUUUAUCAUGGCUUAAUGAACUGUACACGAAUGUGAUUUGCUACCCAGCACUUCCCACGAGGCAGCACCAGUAAAAUUACAUUGCAAGGUACUGACUUCACAUUUUCUCAUUUCACCUGUGUAUACAGCAAUUAGGUACUGCAUAGGAUAACUUUGAUCUGGCUCUGAUGCCGGUGUGUGGCAUGCACAGCUCUUCCUAAGGUGUAACAUUACUUUUCUGAAGCUUAAACUAGGGCAGACAUCCCUGAGCCUGUGGAAUUCAGGAUUCAUUCUGGCCACGCUCGCGUGGGUCGCUGACCCCUCCCUGAGCAGGAAAACCAGCAGGAUUUGCUCCCUGCAGAAAUCCUCCAGGCCAAAAGCAAGGAAUGCUGCUAAUUUGUGAUCAUUUGAAGCAGUUGCUGUUCUGAAAUAUAUUCCUGGAAGUCAGGGAGGUGUUGGCAAAGCCAGACCUGUUCAGCCUGGAAUUGUUUUGUGUGGAGAUGUGGAACCCAUGGCCGGGGCUGGAAUGAAUGCUGAGGCUUUAAACCUGCUCACACAUAACCCCAGACACUGAUGUUGUGUGUGCUGUACAUUUAUAAUAUAUCUUCAAAAUAAAGUUUUUUGAUUUAUUACAA